UUUUUGAUAAGACAUUAUUAUCUGUCGACUGUUCAAAGACAAAACUAAUAAUUUGAAUCGUUUUUUAUACUUUUCUCUAAUUGAUUAUAACACCAUGACUAGUUUGUCUACAUAUGUGUACAUGAAAAAACAGUCAUAAUUUUCCAGCGAUACAAAGUCAACGAUGAAGUGUUUUUCAUGCACCGGUCAAUGGAAGAAGACGUCACCGGAGGUUGACCGGCGGCGACCUGUUGCUGCAGUCAAGAUUUUUAAAUUCGAGGAAUUAGCAGCUGCAACAAGCAAUUUUCAUGAGGAUUGUCUUCUUGGAGAGAAUGAUUAUGGAAGAGUUUACAAAGGAAAAAUCGAUUCCAAACAGGAUGUUGCUAUCCAGAAAAAGGAUCAUGAUAGAAGAAGGAAUUUUCUUGUUGAGAUUUGUAUGUUAAGUUGGUUACGCCAUCCUAAUAUUGUUAGUCUGGCUGGCUAUUGUGCUGAUGGUGAUCAUAGACUUCUCGUUUAUGAAAACGUUCAACUAGGAUCAUUGAAAGAGCAUCUUCAUGUGAAAUUUUCUGCAGAUUCCGCUCCUGAUAAGAAGCAACUUGAUUGGAACACUAGAAUGAAAAUAGCUUCUGAAGCAGCAAAAGGAUUAGAGUAUUUACAUGACAAACAACAGCCAACUGUAAUACACCGCGGUAUAAACUGCUCUAACAUUUUGCUUGGUGAGGGAUAUCAAGCUAAGUUAUCUGGCUUUGGCUUCGCAAAACUGGGGCCUCCAGACGGUAAAACCCAUGUAUCUGCAAUAUUUGAGGGAAAUUAUGGUCACCAAGCACCAGAGCAUGCCACGAUAUGCGAGGUGAGUGUACAAACAGGACUAUUGAGUGUGAAAACAGAUGUUUACAGCUUUGGGGUUGUCCUUUUAGAGAUCAUUACAGGAAGGGAAGAUAUCGGAAAUCCAAAAAGUGGAGAAGAGUCCAGUCUUAUUGCUUGGGCAAAACCAUUGAUCAAAGACAACAAGUUUUCAGAAAUGGCAGAUCCAGCACUUCAAGGACAUUAUCCUGCUACAGGCUUGAAGCAAGCUGUUCUAGUCGCAAGCACGUGUGUCCAAAAGCAACCUCACACUCGUCCUACCAUGGCAGAGGUAGUGACAUCUUUAACUUAUAUUGCUCAAGGAAAAUAUGAUUCUGUAACUCAGGCUUUAUAUAAUCCUGUCCUGAGUGAUGGCAACUGAUAAGUGUUGCUGAAAAUCAAAUAUUGAAGUGCUUGUGCCACUCGCGGACUCAGUGUUUAGUUGUACUGGUGGAAGGUAACAAGUACCUGAGAAAUUAGUCGAUGUGCACACAAGCUGCCACAGACACCACAAUGUGAUACAUGAAAUUUAAUUGCAAAUUUGAGCUUAUGUGAAUUAGUUUUGGGUGUUCUAAACUCACUGGUGAGAAAUUUCAGUUCAUUUUUACAUAUGGUUCAGUCAUGUAUGCAUGACUAAAGGGAUUUCUUAGACUUGUGUGUUUGAUAAGUUUGAUGAUUA